GGGCAGGAUCACCUUCCACACACAUCUUCAUACCAGCCACCACGCUACCAACAAUCCUCCUCCAUGAAAGCCCACCUCCAUCACAGCAAGCAGAAAAUCCAACACGCCAACCAUCAACCUCCGCACAGACCUAACACUGCAUAGCCGUGUUUUAGGAGUGUCAGGACGUGAUUAGAGAGGAUCUACUUUGAGUGUUCAUGGAGUUUCGCUAUAAGAGGGUGAUAGACCAGAGUAUCAAUGCUCCCUUUGUAACUUUAGGGGCAAGGAGGAAUCAGUUUACCAAAAAUUCUUCAUGAAACCAUCCAUUUAUCUCAGGGAACAUUUAUUAAGUAGAGUCAAAUUGAUUUACAACUAAGAGAUGAUUCAUUCCUUUUAAUGAAAGAACCUUAUUUCAAAUUGCCCUAAUGUGGCCUAAUAAAGCAAUAUUACUGGUUAUAUUUUGGACACAUCUCAAUGCCAUCAAUGGCUUCUCCUUUUUCAUUCCUUUCUCCUCUUCUUCUGCUCAGAAGAUUCAGACUCAUAAGUGGAGGCAACCGGUAGUCUCGGUUCUGGAGCUUGGUGGAGUCAAGAUUGGCAGAGAUGAUGUGGUGAGGGAUGAUCCUACAAACAAUGUCCCGGAUGCAAUUUUGUCGAAACUUGGAAUGCAGCUUCACAGGAGGGAUCAACACCCAAUUGGAAUUCUGAAGAAUGCAAUAUAUGAUUAUUUCGAUGCCAAUUACUCUAACAAAUUUGAUAAGUUGGAUGACCUUUGCCCAAUAGUCUCCACAAAAGAGAAUUUUGAUGAUGUCUUGGUUCCUCCUGAUCACAUCAGUAGGAGUUACAAUGAUACAUACUACAUUGACUCUCAAACUGUCUUGAGGUGCCACACUAGUGCUCAUCAAGCAGAGCUGUUGAGGAGGGGACACACUCAUUUCCUUGUGACUGGAGAUGUUUAUCGUAGAGAUUCCAUUGAUUCAACUCACUACCGUGUUUUUCAUUAGAUGGAAGGUGUUCGUGUCUUUCCAGGUGAUUGGGAUGGCACGUCUUAUGCAGCUGAGGAUUUAAAGAAAUGUCUUGAGGGUUCGGUGUAGCACUUGUUUGGUAAUGUGGAAAUGCGCUGGAUUGAUACAUAUUUCCCUUUCACCAACCCAUCAUUUGAACUUGAGAUAUAUUUUUAGGUGUGCUUUUGAUCUGGCUGGUGGUUACAUUUUAGCACUAUAUAUUUUGAAUUUCUUUAAAACUUUGUUUUUGAACUAAUUUUAGUAGAAACAGGCUCCAUUUCAUUUUUUUGUUUUUACCUUUUGUAAGAAAGGGUAAAAAUCAUUUAAAAAAUGUGAACUUCAGUUUAUUCCAUUGCUGGCAUGUGUGGCUUUCAUAUGUUAUUGAAGACACUAAGAUUCAUAGACUGAUAAUAACAGUAAUAACAGUAAUGUUGAUGAUAAAAUAAUAUAAAAGUAGAAACAAAAUUAGUUGUCA